ACCGACCUCUUGACAUCGUGCGACCUCUGUCGCUCAGAAUCAACAUGGACAAACUGCGAGUGAGUACGGUGGAUAAUGUCAUUCUGGAGCGAUAUGUUCCGCCACCGAUCGAUGCUCUUGACGAUAAACCGAAGAAACAGCGCUUGACUGGUCAACUUCAUCUAGUUCAACAUCACCUAUUCUUCUCGCCACGGGCUAGCAGCUCGACUUCUCAGCCUGAGGAGAUUUGGAUACCAUAUCCAGCCAUUAACCUCUUAACUCGAUUGCCUCAGAGUAUAGAAGGGCUCUACCCUCUCAAAUUACGGACGAGGACAUUUGAGACUUUUUUGUUCUUGUUCGAGAAAGAUAGAGAAGGAGGGGCGGAGGACGUGUGGACCAGUAUCAAGGACUGCGCCGUCGCAUCAUCCGUUGAGCAGCUUUACGCCUUCUUUUAUAGACUUCCGUCACACCCCGCGCUGAAUCCACAAUCUGAGCCCUCCCGUCCGACCUCCCUCAACCCUUCGUCACCAUUAUCUUUAUCAUCCAAGGAGCCGGAUGUGCCGUUUUUGUCGAGCAAAUCGCAGCCCUCCACUGGCUGGGACACUUUCAACCCUCGAACAGAGUUCGCUCGGCAGGGCGUAGGAGUGAGGACGAAAGCUUGGCGGUUCACAGAUAUCAACAAGGACUAUUCAUUCUGUCCUACUUAUCCGGCCAAGCUGGUCGUCCCGAGUCGGAUCUCUGAUAAUGUCCUGUCGCAUGCCGGCAAAUACAGAAGCAAAGCGAGGAUACCAGCUCUGUCAUACCUUCAUUGGGCAAAUCAUGCAUCCAUCACGCGAUCGUCUCAACCUAUGGUGGGAUUGAAGAACUCACGUUCGGCGCAGGACGAGAAGCUGGUGGAAUGUAUAUUCACCACUCACACCGCUGCCGAGUCUGCAUACGCACCGUCGACUCAGUCAGCAGACCCCCUCUCUCCAUCGCCUUCCUCUUCAGCCAAAUCAUUACCUCAUGUCUACGGAGCCACCGCCACCAAUCUCAUCAUUGACGCUCGACCCACUACAAAUGCCAUGGCGAACGUCGCUAUGGGUGCCGGCACUGAGAACAUGGACAAUUAUCGGUCAGGCAAGAAGGCAUACCUCGGUAUCGACAACAUUCACGUUAUGCGAAACUCGCUCAAGACGAUCGAUGAUGCUGUGAGAGAGGCGGAGGAGACUGGAGAUCCAAUCGAUAGGAUAUCCUUACGGAAAAGCAAUUGGCUUCGCCACAUUUCGACUAUCCUCGACGGAGCUUUGAUGAUUAUACGAAAUAUUCACCUCAAUGCGUCACACGUCUUGAUUCACUGUUCUGAUGGAUGGGAUCGAACAGCUCAACUCAGUGCGAUGGCACAAAUCUGUCUCGACCCUUACUAUAGAACGAUCGAGGGAUUCAAAGUGUUGAUUGAGAAGGACUUUCUGGCUUUCGGUCACAAAUUUCUCGAUAGAUCAGGCCACCUGUCCUCGGAAAAGCUCUUCACUGUGGCAGAUCAGCCAGACGACGAAAGUGACGACGAACUCGGAGGUGCUCAGAAAGCUGCGCAAGCAUUCUUCGCGUCGAUGCAGAAGCAAUUCACGUCCUCCAAUUCGCAUUUGAAAGAGGUUUCUCCGGUCUUUCAUCAAUUCCUGGAUUGCGUCUGGCAAAUUCAGCGACAGUAUCCCUCACGUUUCGAAUUCAACGAGCAGUUCCUCAUCGACCUACACUAUCACUUGUAUGCUUGUCAAUUAGGGACAUUCCUAUUCAACAACGAACAUCAACGUCGCGUUGCUCGACCGCCUCAAGGCGACGACGAGGGUGGCGCAUACGUGGACAGGACUGUCUCAGCAUGGGAUUACCUUAAACAGCCAAAUUACAAAACAACAUAUCUCAACGAGGCGUAUGACCCAUCUUUGGACGCCAGAGAUUCGCGAGAUGAUAAGGCGGACCAAGGGGUUCUACUCUUCGAGCCGAAGGACGUCAAGUUCUGGUGGAGGCUGUUCAGGCGUGGUGACGAGGAGAUGAAUGGGUCAAAACUCGCUUUACAGCACGCACAAACUGUGGCUUUGCCGCUAGUCGGUGCAGGACAGGUUGACCCAGUGUCCAUUGAAGGCGCCGUCCAGUCCGUGGAGCGGGCAGCUUCGCUCGACGUGCCGUACUCCGUUCGUCGGACACCGUCUCCAGCCCAUCUGUCAACCUCCGCUUCCGCUCGCGAUCUGGACGUCCGCUCAUCUCACACCCCUUCAAGCCUCGAAUCGGGUUACACCACUAUUCAACCCAUGCCCUCUAAAGUCGGCGUUGGCAACCGUGCAAGUGGCUGGAACUGGGGACAGUUGUCCUCUGGUGCCCUUAAUGCACUCCAGAAAGGAGCGAGAGACAUCCGUUCCAUCGGACAAGAAGCAAUGCAGCAACUACGGGCGGAGGCUGGCAGUGCUGAUGGAGAAAUGUGGAGUCGAUCAGAUCAAGAGAGACAGAAAGACUACGCUCCUCCAGGAACAGGUAUAGGAGAAGGUAGACUGGGACGAGAAGUCAAUGACUACAGGCAAAGUCCACGACCUACUGUGAGAUUACCGUCGGAGAAUAAUCCCUGGGCAUCGGGAAACUCGAGCGCUAAGGCCAUACCCAAAGUCAUGGUUGAUCACGAACCUAUCGAGACCAAGAUGGACAUCACUGGCCAGGAUGAUCGCAAUGGAGAAAGCAACAAGAGAAAAGAAAGCGUGACGCUGAAUCCAUGGGGUGAAAGUCGAGCCUCACCGUCCUUGGCCGACUUAUUCUUACGCGAUGUUAAACCCGUGACCAGAGAUCAAAUGCCUAGUCGUCACCCCACCAAUGGCAAGCCGCAUUCCUCGGCCAGUAGACAAGAGGAGGACGAAGUGGCUGCCGCUCUCGGAGGGGAUUCCAAAGCAUGGGACCCUCUAGGUGCCGUAUGAUGUGCGGUUGUACGCCAGGAGCUCAAAUAUCGAGGAGUAACACGUCCUUGAUACAUGCAACAAGGUAUGAGGAAGAAC